GUUCGUGGUAUUUUUCCAACAGUCGUACCAGGGGGCCACCAGCUAGGUGUACGAUGGCACUGUCAGUGGUAAGAAGGGGGAUGACCUCCCUGCGAGGAGUGUCCAGGCAUUGUGUUGCCGCCCCAGUACCCGUUCUCCGCCCGCAGAUUGCAACAAUUGUGUCGAAGGCUCUACGUGACCAGGACUACAAGCGUCCUGCCCCAUUUCCAUACAAGACUGAUAAAUAUGGCUUCUUUGCUGCACUAUUGGACAAGACGACUCAUCGCUUUGACGAAAACUCUAAGGUCAUCGUUGUAGAUGGACCGAUUGCUGCGGGAAAGACAGAGUUUGCUAAGGAAAUAGCAGAUGAGUUGGACAUGUUGUAUGUGCCCCAUGCCAACAUGGACAUGCUGUACAUCAACCCUUAUGGCUAUGACAUGCGACAACUGGACAGCCAACUUCCAGACUCAGUAAAAAGCUUUGAUGAGAAGAAUUUUCUUCAGAAUCCAAAAGAUCCCAAUGCUGCCGGUUUCCAGUUUCACAUGUUCCGCCUUCGCCUGGUACAGUACAUUGAUGCCCUCGCUCAUGUACUAAGCACUGGUCAGGGGGUUGUGAUGGACCGCAGUGUGUACAGUGACUUUGUGUUCAUAGACGCCAUGGCCAACUUUGGGUACAUCAGUAAACCAGCACGCAACCUGUACUAUGAGUGCAAAGCGAUGACCGUGCCGGAGUUGAUGCGUCCUCAUCUCGUGGUCUACCUGGACAUGCCGGUUGAUGUUGUGUUGCAGCGGAUCCAGGAGAGAAAUCUUCCCCACGAGGUCAACUCUCCGGUGUUGACCCGAGAAUUCCUCUCCUACAUGGAACAAGUGUACAAGAAACAGUUCCUAAAUGAAAUGAGCGGUCACUCCGAGCUGCUGGUGUAUGACUGGUCCGAGAAGGGGGACUGUGAGGUGGUCGUCGAGGAUAUUGAACGCCUCAACUUCGAAUUUGACAAGAAUGACCCUAAGAUGGCCGACUGGAAGCUGACCGACGAGUGGGAUUGGUGCAAACAGCGGAUGUUAUUCACAAAGAAUAAAGACAAGAUCCUCAUGUGGAUGAACGUGCCAGGCUUUUCAGUGCCUGAGUUGGUGGUCAAUGCCGAAGACCACAAGGUGUUUGAAGACGUCUGGUGGAACGCGCCCGGGAUGAAGUACGCGGAGGGCUUCAAUGCGGACAUGGGAGAUCAAUUCAUAGUCACCAAAACGAGAGUCGGAACCUAAAUGAUGUACCGCACCAUGUUAGGUCUUGCACUUUGUUUAUCCGGCGAGACAUCUUUGCUACUUGAUAAACAAUGUUAGAAAAGGAAUUGAAAGAAAAAAUAGAUAAGAUAUUCUGUUAUUAAUGACAAAACAAGACAAAACAAAUUAGCCAAAAAAUUUUAAGUAUUGUCAUAAUGCUUAUUGAAUUCCACACUAUGUAAAAUAUUGUACAGAUGGGAGAAAUAUAAUGUUAAGUUAUUAUGA